ACAAGAGCGACACAUUAAAGCUGCACCCUCAUAGCGGAGAUACUGUUAAGACAAACCUUAUUUACUCGACAAGCCUGGCAGCAUAUCUUAUAGAGUAACCCGAGCUGAAGCUGCCAGUGCCCGAAAUAAUGACACUACACCGACAGUGACCUAGCGGGAGCGAACGAAAGCGAGGCUGACGUGUUUCUGAGCCGGGUGUCGUGCGGCGCCCUGUCGGAUUUCCUGGACAUGAGCUCGGCAGGGUGCCAGCAGACGGGCUGACUAUGGGAGACAUUGCCAAAGGAAAGAAGGCGUUCGUCCAGAAGUGUGCUCAGUGCCACACAGUAGAGGAGGGUGGCAAGCACAAGGUGGGCCCCAACCUCUGGGGCCUGUUCGGACGCAAGACCGGGCAGGCAGAGGGCUACUCGUACACAGAUGCCAACAAGAGUAAAGGUAUUGUGUGGGGUGAGGGCACCCUGAUGGAGUACCUGGAGAACCCCAAGAAGUACAUUCCUGGAACCAAAAUGAUCUUCGCUGGAAUCAAGAAGAAGGGAGAGCGCCAGGACCUCAUUGCAUACCUUAAAUCGGCAACAUCAUGAAGUAGUCAUGAAAAAACGAAUAUUUAAUGUCCAUUUUAUUGUAUUAUUUGUUUAUUUUUAGGAUUGCACAUGGUAAAUCUAUGGUUUUAUGUUUAGUCAAUUGUACAUACGGUAAUUUAUGUUGUCAAGGGUUUGAAAAGAAGUGUCACUUCCUCUUUAAGGUCAGGGUGUGAGAAAUUGUUCAAGUGGCUAAACAUAAAACCGGUCUAUUUUUUUUGUCUAUGUGUACUACUCUGACUCUUUGAGAUGAAAGAAUAAUCCCAUUAUUUAAAAUAUCUAACAUGAUAGGUUGCCUGACCUCUCACCCAUUCUGUUUUCCAUGACAACACUUGUCCAGUACUUUCUCUAGUGGAGCCAUUCGCCAUCAUCUAUCAUCCUCACUUAUAAAACUAUAACUAAAAAAGUAAUCUAAUAUUCGGUACAUCAGUGUGAGACAGGUUGGAAAUCCUGGACACUGAAUAUUUUGUCCUCUUAAACUUCUGAACAAAACCUGUUGUUGCAUUGUACGACUCCUAACGGAUCUGUUGAAGCAGCUCCUCUGAGCUCCUGUUUUUAACCUGCUGCCAGUCAUCAGAGUAUGUACAGGUUUUUUAAACAUUGUGCUAACGGUGUCUCACUGUUAUCUGCCUCUUUGCAGCUAUGAAUUGUGGGGUAUGAAUAUGUAUUACUGCCUUCAAAACCACCACCAUGCUGAGAUCCCUGCUGUGUGAAAUCAGCUGGCAUACUAUCACCAUGCCUACCAAUGUUGUGGAGCUACUGUAUUGUGUAUAUUGAAAUAUCAAGGGCACCAUCUGGAGUGACGGAGCGAUAUGUUAUUUACCUGGUUUCACAGGCCUGAAAGAGUGUAGUUUUAAUUUAUUUUACUGUAAUCUGACAGACUACAUCUACAAUGUUGUGAUGGGGCUGCUCACUCUCGCUGUGCACAGCAAUACUGUAUGCACUUAAAUUAUAAUAUAAUGUGGUAGCUAUGUUGUGGACAGGAUGGAUGAAGGAGCAAUUAAAAGAAUACGUCCAGAAAUGUAAA